AAGCCAUUUUUUAGAUUUCAUUUCAAUCAUAGAGGGCAUUAGGAUUUGGGGUGAUAAUGUUUCCUAGUUCGAGUGAUGCUGCAUUUGAGGAUAGUUGUAUAUUUUUAGAGCUGGAAGAUCUGGUUGCGGAUUGUCCCAUUUCAGAUGGAAAUAAUACUGAAAAGGGUGUGAAAGCAAGCAACAAUGGCAGUAGUGAGUCCAAGAAGACUGCUCAUCGACUUACUGAGAAGCAGAGAAGGCAAGAAAUGGCAGCCCUUUAUGCUUCUCUCAGAUCCCUUCUCCCUCCUCAAUACAUCAAGGGGAAGCGCGCUAUAUCGGAUCAUAUGCACCAGGCCGUGAUUUACAUCAACGAUAUGAAAAAGAAAAUCAAACAAGUGAAACUAAGGAGGAAUUCAUUUGGUGUUGAAGCUGAGACCUCAAAUGCUACUGAUUCUUCGCCUUACCGAGUAAGGAUAAAUCCAUUAACGGAUGGGGUUGAGAUCUUGAUUAGUAGCAGCCUGAAUAAGGAAUGUUUUCCUCUUUCAAUAGUGCUUGGCGAUUUGCUUAAUAGAAAGCUAGAAGUAAUUAACUGCAUUUCUACUAGAGGCGAUGGCUGUUACCUCCACAAAAUUCACCUUGAGCUUAAUGAUUCCGCAAGCAUUGAUCUAUCUGAGCUACAAGAUGGACUGGUGAAUAUGCUUAAACUUGUUUGACAAUGGCAGCUGCAGCUACACAUAGCAUAAAACAUAUUCUCUUUAGUUUAUUUUGUACUCCCACCGUCCAUAAAAAUAUGUGCGUUUUUCAUUUUCUUCCGUCCCA